UGAGCUGUAUGUGUGUGUAACGCCCAAACCCCCUUGGAUUCCCUUAGAAAGAGUAGGUUUAAGGGAGUAAUGUGCUUAAAGUAAUGUCCCUAUUGUUCUGACAGCCCCUGGCGUUUUUCCUGUUGUUGCCUCUGCAGUUAAGAUUUUGCUGGAAGGUUCACACACUCACACACACACUCAAGAGGAGCACUGGGGGACACCCUGAGCCCAGCUAUGUGCUGUUUGAGCAGAAAUGCAUGCUUUGCAGGGGGAGCUUUGGAAAGUGUAGAUAGAUAGCUGCAGAGAGAGCCUGCACAGUCAGCUCCAGUGAAGAGUAAAUCAGGCACAAGCAGGGCUGCACAGGCUGGAGCCUCACUGGGGAAGGAGACUUUUUUUUGGAUCAGCCUUGUCAUGCUCAGUCCCCUGCCCACUGGCACCAGGAUCACUGCAGCAGCCUGACAACCUGUUACAUCUCUGGGAUUGUGAGGCUUUGCCAUUAAAGGAGCCAGUAGAUACUUCUGGAUUGGGGGAUUACACCGCUGGAAGCCUUUAUUUAACUUCUUUCAUAAGUAACAGCAGCGGAUUCCUCUACACAAUCUUCCCCAAUGCCGUUGUGGUUGCUUUUCACCCUCAUCUUGGCCAACUUUUGCAGCCAAGUCUAUUCGAGCCAGAGUGGAUCUAUAAAGUCUCCGCGACCCCUCAGUCUGAAGAGAGAUGAGAGCAACCUCCUCACGAAACUGUACCGAGAAGAAAAAAACAUUCACAUCACAGAAAAUGGCUGCAUAAGCAGCCCGCGCUUUCCCAACAGUUAUCCCCGAAACCUCCUUUUUACAUGGAACCUAAGCUCAGCAGAAAACACCAGAAUUCAGCUUGCGUUUGACAGUCAUUUUGGGUUAGAAGAGCAAGAAAACGAUGUAUGCAGGUAUGAUUUUGUGGAGGUGGAGGAAGAUUCUGAGACCAGUUCAGUCAUUCGUGGAAGAUGGUGUGGCCAUAAGGAAGUUCCUCCAAGACUGACUUCAAAAGCAAAUCAUAUAAAAGUCACCUUUAAAUCCGAUGACCAUUUUGUGGCUAAACCUGGCUUCAAGAUAUGUUACUCUCUUGUGGAAGAAGACAUCCCACCCCAAAAGGAAGAGGGUGAGUGUCCAUGUGCCAGUUCCGCCCAAAAGAAUGAUUUUCUGCCGGCAGCCUCGGAGACAAACUGGGAAUCUGUCACCAGCUCCUUCUCGGAACUGUCCUAUCACUCACUGUCAGUGACCGAUUCCACCGUUACUGCUGAAGCACUGGACCAAACUAUUGCCCAGUUUGACACAGUUGAAGAGGUACUGAAACAUUUCAAUCCCGAAUCAUGGCAGGCGGAUCUAGAAAAUCUCUAUACAGAUACAGCUCAGUUCCGGGGGAGAACUUUUCAAGAAAAAAAAUCAAAAGUCAAUUUGGACAGGCUUAAUGAUGAUGUCAAGCACUACAGCUGUACUCCAAGAAAUUACACAGUGAAUUUAAGAGAAGAAUUAAAAAUUACAAAUGCUGUAUUCUUUCCUCGAUGCCUGCUCAUCAAGCGCUGUGGAGGAAACUGCGGCUGCGGGACACCGAACUGGAAAUCUUGUGUUUGUACAUCUGGCAAAACAGUGAAAAAAUACCAUGAGGUGCUGAAAGUAAUGCCGGAAAACAGUAUCAACAAAAAAACAAAGAGCAAAUCCAAGAAUAUGUCAAUUGUUGACAUUCAGCUUGAGCAUCACGAGCGAUGUGAUUGUAUCUGCAGUUCUAGGCCACCUCGAUAAAAGAAAGUUCUUUAAGAUGAUCAAAAGCUUUAUGAACUAUAAUGUACAGUCGUCUUUUUUUGGCGUAAGAACACUGAUACUAGUCGUCAGUGUAACCAUACAUAUUAGUGCGGUGCUCCUAGAUAGCUUUGUAUCAUAACAAAUUCUGCUUGGUUGACUAGAAAAAUCAAAGAGUUCUAGAGCAUAAAAAGCCACAGAGACAUAUCUAAGGAACUUGGUUUCAGAGACGAAACCAUGAGACAUUUUACUGUGCAAAGAGUAUGGAAUACUUAAGCAAGCAAAUUAGACAUUUUGAAAUGUAAAUAACCAAAGAAGUGCCAUAAAUACCUACCAGUAUCAAAUUGUACAUCUUUGUCGCGGGGCAAGGCUUUAGUUAGACUUGUUUAAUGCAGUUUUUUUUUUCAUUCAGAGGGUGACAUACAUUUUCAGUUGUGGUUUAUGAUUUUGUUAUUUUAAACAAGAAACGUCUUCAUUAAAAUCCAGGUUUUUUUAUACCAUAUAUUCAGCAACAUCUCAAUAAUAGGAUUGCUUGUAAAAUCAGCAAGUAGCAGAUUGAUAUUACGGCAUGAAAUGCAAUCUCUCGGGAAUGAGAUUAAAUGCAGGCUCGCAGUAGUCUGACCUGAGGGUAGGCUUUGGGAAUUAAAAAUGUUUACCACACUUAAAGGUUUAUAAUUUAAAUAAUCCACUUUAACUUAAGUAGUGACGCUGUAUAGAGCUAAGUAGUAUGUACUUUAUUUAUAUUGGAAAUAUGUUCUGAAAUUAAAAUAUUUUUUUAAAGUUAAAGUUUUAAAACCGCCCGUGCAUGUACAGCAUAAAGAAGGGCAAGGCAUAAAAGGCUGCGGUUCCUAUGAUGGCUAUCCUAUGGCACUUCAGCAGUUAUGCACUUCCAGUUUAGCAGUCUCCACCUGCAACCACCUGGGAUCAACAAUAAAUCCAUAUUGUGUGUCUGUUUUACUUUUUCUUUCCAUCUACAUAUUAUUUUCCAGUGUAUUUCCUGAAAUGAGAAUCAAUAAAAAAAAAAGAAAAGAAAUACAAAGU